UCGGAGCAUUCAUGCCUUUCUUGCCMAUWGAUACUCGUAGUGGGUGACUUGAAGAGUAGAAUAUCCUGAUAAAAUGAAACAAUAUCCUUUCCGUCCUUCUGGAUUGGCUGUUCUUUACUUUAUCUUGUUGCUGUGUUCUGUGAAACUUGAUCGGUGCGAGUCUUCCGAUGGAAAACUYGAGCAGGAACUGGAUAUUCCUCUGAGUAAGACAAAAGAGAGCCCUAGCGAGACAAGUGGCGACUCAAGAGAGGAUGGCUCGUAUUCUGGUUCCGGUUCUGAGGACGAAGAAACAGACCCACCGAAAGCAGAAGAUCUAUACUUUUAUCGCUUUGACAAAGRAUCGACCGUUACGGAGUUCGMGGCACCAGCGAGUAAGGAAGAGAAAGAAGAACCGGAUUUUCUGUACAAGCCACAGCAGGGACACGUCCGAAUCGUCGAAUUUUAUGCACAGUGAGUACAAACUUCAUAUUCUGUGGUGAACACAGUAUUUCAUGAACUGAUAGAAUUCUCAUCUUGACWGUUUCUGCAAAAUGAUACGAACAAUAGUUGGUGUCCCCAUUGCCAAGCGCUUCGUCCGCACUACAACAUUUUUGCGGAGAAAAUGAAGUCACUAGCAGAGCAGAGUAACAUCCAGUUGGAUGUUUAUGCUGUUUCUUGUGUUCCACACAGAAGCCUUUGUAUGGAUUUGGAUGUCAAGGGUUAUCCUACGAUCAAAUUAUUUGUAGGAAAUGACGGAAUUGAAGAGGAAGCGACAGAAAUAAGUCAUGGUGACCUCCAUCCAUUUUUCGUACUGCAGGCCAUUGCUGARAAAACGGGAAACGAUCUCUCUCUCUCUAUSGCUACGUUGSGGCAAGAUGGAGAGAUCUAUGGCAACAAAGUGAGUGAAAAUAAUGGAGGAGAGCUAGAGGAUGACUCGCCGUUUUGGCUUCCUMGAACGAAACGCGAUGUGUACAACGAUAUUUAUCUUUCGUUCCAUUUUGCGAUGGAACAYGGGAUUUUCGUAGGAAGAGACCCACCCAACGAGGAAGCUAGAAAUGCUUUUGAGAAUUGGAUUAUUCUCUUGAAUCAAGUACUGCCGCCAACCUGGCGGCUCAAAACYCUGAUCUCAGAAAUUGGUAAAAAUUUAGAGACAGUGCUAGAUUCCGAAGAUAAUCUCAUGCAAAUUUUGGAYCGGCAUCCGCCACCCGUARACACAUGGAGCCGAUCUUGUUCACGCGAUGAUCCAGCAAUGGGAUAUACAUGCGGUUUAUGGCAGCUUUUCCAUACUACAACACGUACGUAGAUAUGUUCACAAUUUGUAUUGCAUUGCUUGCCGGGCACUGUCUGGUAGAGUUUAUGUUCUAUCUCUCAUGUUAUAUUCUAUUUUUACUGUUCACCAGUUGGCGUAGUAGAAUGGAAUCUAGCAGGAACUGAAGAUUUUUCUUAUAGCCCAAUGGAGGUAGGCAAUAUUUUCCGCUCCUACAUCGAACACUUCUUUGGCUGCCAAGUUUGUAGGGUUAAUUUUCUACA